GUCGUCGCCCAAUCACGGCCCCGCGCCGCGCUCUCCCUGGCGCGCGUCUGGUCCUGCGACAACACCAGCGCGACGGUAGGCCUCUAAGCGCUUGCCCUUAUUUCUUCAACCUCACCUCCUGUCCACUCGCCAGGCUCGCCUUGAGCGCCAGCGCGUCUCAGAAGACGCGCACACGUCCCUUGUUCGGUCGACAGAGCCCGCUUGCGUCCGAGCCCCUCGCCCGCGCCUUGCUUGCAUCGUCAUCGUCGGUCGGUCGGCCUGUCCUGUGGCCUCGUCCAGCGCCUCCCGCAACAACGUGACAAAGAACCCAAGGUUUCCAAGGGGUUCCAGCCCAGGUCCUGUUCCCUAAGCUAUUCGGGCACCGCCUGUCUCGCCCGCUGUCUACCAGUCGUCGUCGGGUUCUGAGACGGCACUUGGCAUGUCGGGCGCCAGCUUCCGUCGUCCAUCCUCCUGUCGAGUGACAUCGUGGCCCUGUCGGCGGCCGACUGAGUGGCCUCCAUCGCCCCCCUAGCAACCUGAGCAGGGACGACGUUCGCGCCGCAUGUGGCAGGGGAGCUGGGGGCCGCCUGGGCGACUGGUUCGCGCCGACGAGAUGGAGAGGCAAUCAUCGUUUAUCCCGGGACAGGACAUAGCGAGGCCGUGCCAUUGUCGGCGCCUGUGGAGAGAGAUGGCUGGCGGCAAAGCUUCCUAGGCAGAAACGGCACGCAGUCGUAGGACGGAUGAUGCAAAAGUCGCAAGAGCGGCUCCGGACCGCAUCAUGAACCAUCUGACUGUGUGUGCUCUACCGCAUAGCGUCCCAUUUUCCUUUGUCUUCCUCGCCAUAGUCUUCUUUGUUUCCACCUGACUUCCCCCUUUGUUCCGCUCCGCUCCAUCCACAGCGACUGUGCAUGCUUUCAUCCAUACCAUCUCUCGUUUUGUCCAACGACGAUUGUCUCUUGCCUUUGGCAUCUCUGACUCCCUCACGCGACCGGCCUCUUGUUGCUCUAAUCCGCGCCUCGAUUGCUGCGCUUCAAGUUUUAACCAACAUCAACCUGUAUUUCGUGGCGCUUCAUUGCACUACCGACCGUCGCGGCGGCCACACUCGUCAAACGAACUCAUCGACGACUCAAAGCGCAUAUAGCAUCGGGACCGCCCGUUACAUACACGUACGGCGCCAUGGCUCCUCCGCUCUCGCGGACCCUGCGUCAUGUUCUGCUGGCCAUGGUGGCGCCCGCCGCCGUGUCCGCCAUGUCCGCCAGGCCGCCGUCAAGAAUCUUCGGGCGCGACAACUUUUGCGCCUCCAACGGCCUUCAGCAGUGCUCCGCCGAUCUCCCGUCCGAGUUCUGCUGCCCCAAAGGCAGCUCCUGCAUGUCUCUUGCUGGACAAACUACCGUGCUCUGCUGCCCCCAGGACAGCAAGUGCGAGAAGAUCCAGCCCAUCACCUGCAACAUUCGGGAACAGGACCCUCGGAAGAACCCCCAGGCACCCAUCAAAACCACCCUCUUCGACGCGCCUCUGCAAAAGUGCGGCGCCGACUUGUGCUGCCCCUUUGGCUACACGUGCGCCACCAGCGGGAAAGAGUGUACCAAGGAUGCGGACCAGACCACGCGGCCCAAGGCCUCUCAGUCAAGCUCAGCAGCAACUCCCAGCGCGACGAUAUCAAGCACGCCCGCGACGGCAUCUACUGCGAAUCCUCAAGCCACGAGGACCACUGGCGAUCCUGCAGCGCCUGCUGCUACAACUACCAGUCCCAGCCAGCAAGAGCCGAGCUCCGACUCCGGUCCGGAGAAGACAUCCAUCAUCGGCGGUGCCGUCGGCGGCUGCUUGGUAUCACUCCUCAUCAUCACGGUCAUCUUCUUAUACUUUCGGCGCAGGCGUCAAGCGGCAAACUCCGAAAAGUCCGGGUUCUCGCGCAGCAAUUCCAGCGGCUCUGGACCGUAUGGCGCGGUAAUAUCUGCCCCUGUCCUUCACCCGGGGACGUAUCGAAGCGACUUCCUCCGUGGAAGCCCUCCUCGGGAAUUCCCCUCAACGCCUCGAACCCCCCCGCCAUACAAUAACAACCCUCGCGCUGGCCAGAACCCACCACGCAUCUCCAUACCCAACCCCUUCGACUCGCCUGACCCCUCCUCCGCACGCUCGCCGGCGCGGUCACCCAUGUCGGCCACGUCCCACGACGACCGCAAUGCCAAGCGUGGCCAUGUAGGCGCCCGUCUCGCCCCGAUCCGAGCCAUGAGGGCCUCGGUGGCCAGGCACUCGCGCCGCCCGGACAGCAUCUCGCGCGAGCCCAGCAGCGAGAGCAUAAACGUCUUCGCGGACCCGACCACCGUGUCGAGCAAGGAUCCGCGUGCCACCACAUUCUCGGACAUGAUGGACCAGGCUGGGCUCGAGAAGGUACACAAGGGCAAGCCAUACGUCGCCGGCACGACGCCUAGAAUAUGAAGCCAACAGGCCCGUCCGUCGUCCGGCGAGCGGCGAUGCCGGCCUCACAGCAAGGCGCCUCGCUCGAAACAUUCGCAAGUAGGCGAACCGUGGCCAACUUGCAGCUGUGCGCUGGACGUGUUUCCAAAGAAAGGCUACCCAUAAUUACUGUUACAACUUAUUGCUAUCUACAGCGCUGCGCCCAUGAGUUGGGGGAUUCGCUACCACUCUUCUUUGUCAUCUCAACAAUACAGGGACACAACACUUUUGUAAAGGUUCGGCGUGAGGCGUUUGAGCUCGUCACAGGGGAGACGCGGCGAAUUCUCGAUUGGUUCACGGGGCUGGGUUACCGCAUCCCUUCUUUGCAAGCACUGGUAUCUCGUACUAGCCGCGAGGUUAGAAGUAGUAGAAAUCGCUAAUCUAGAGAACAUGG